UUUUAUUAGUAUACUAUCCAGGAAAAUUGAAAAAGUUAGAUAAUUUUUGUUUUUUUAAGAAAUGUAUUGAGGAUAUAAAAAAAUACAAUUUUGUAAUAUAAAAGCAACCGUAUUCAUUAUACGGGAAAAAGAAAGGAAUAUUAUCUGGACCUUCAUAAAAUACAACCAUGGUUGUUGGAGCUUUUCCUAUAGCAAAAUUAUCUGUGCUAUUAAUAAAGCAAAUUAGCAAGCCUAUCGCAAAUAUAUGUAAAGAAAGAGCAAAAAACAGCCCUUUUUUUAGAACUUAUGUAUGCAUGCCUCCAGCUCAAUUUUACAAUUGGUGUGAAGUGAAGGCUAAAAUGUGGAUCCUGAAUCUUGGUAAACCAGUUAAUAUACCUGUACUCAGUCAAGAUAUGGCUAUUGAGCUUGGUGCCAACCUUCUAGGAGAGACAGUCAUCUUUGUUAUUGGUGCCGGCCUAUUAAUAGUUGAAUAUAAUCGACAAAGCAAAAAAGAGGCAUCAAAAGAAGCUAAAAGAGAAGCGGAAAUGAAACAUAUUACUGGUACAAUAACUGAUCUUUAUUUUACUGUUCAACAACAACAAACACAACUUAGAGAGAUGGAGAGACUAAUUCAUGACCUUGAUAACAAACCAAGAAACCCAAGUAGUAACAACCCUUCUGGAAAGACACCACCAAAAUCUGAGACACCUAAACCAAAAGAAAUUGUCACAAUUCCACCAUCUAAUGUUCAAAGGCACUCAAUUGAUCAUCAAAACAAUUACUCUAGCACUCCAUACCCAAACAAUGGAAUUAUCUUACAGUCUUUAAACUAUAUACAAAUGGAUGUCUUGAAUUCUCUUUUUGUUCACUUGAAUACAAGUGAGCAAGAAGUCCAAUCAAUGGAUAAUAAAAAAAAAUAUAGUAGAGAGCAAGCUGUGCUCUCUGAAGCUCUUUACAAUUUAGAAAAUAAUUUUAGGAGUUUAUUUUAAAAGUGCAUGUUCACCUAUAGGAUAACUCUUCGAUAUUAAAUAAGGAAGAAUGUAUUUAUAGUAAAUGUAUGAGAAAACGUCUUAGAUUAUGUGAAUGCAUUGCAUUAUUUAUAAAAUAAGUCUUCAUUGACAACUGAAAGAAUGUAAAAAACUUAAAAGCUUAUUCAUACCUUAAUUAGUCUUGGUAUUAAGCUUCUUUUAAUUUAUUUAAAAAGCAGUAUACUUUUAGAAACACACUAGAUUUUAAGCUUUACUUCAUGUAUUUACAUUAAUAGAUUUGAAAUUGUUAAAUUACAGUAUAUACAACAAACAAAUUAGAUUUUUACAACACAAAGGUGAAUAUUCUAUAAUUGUAAGGAUUUAGUGAAUCUAAAAAGAAAAUAAAGAUUAAAACCAUUUUCUGUUUAUGUCAGAUU